CGCACAGCAUGACGACAAACAAUAUGAACACGGCACCAGCAACCGCAACAACAACAGUAGCCACAACAACCAAUACAACACUGAUUACCAACACCACAGUGAUCGUUCUUGGGACGCCUGUUGGCCGGACCGGAUGUGGGACCCAACAGAUCUGUGGGUCUGAGCCCUCUGACUGUGACCCCUCAUCAUCUUCAUCAUCGUGUUUCUUCGUUUCUGCCAAGCAGAGGGACGGUCAGAACUUUGAGUUUUCCAUCUCAGGGGAGUCAAGUGGCUACAUCGCUGCCACGGUGUCAGCUGACACCACAGUGGGAGGUAACGACACAACCUACAUCUGUGCCAACAAUAAUGGCAAAGUGAAAUUCUUCAGCGCUCUCCUCGACAACGACAAGCUGACACUGACAGAGCUGCCUGUGAACUCGGUGCAGGGCCGAGUCGAUGGAAACCUGAUCCAGUGCACGUUUGUUGCCACUUUGGACCUGUCCACCACAAGAGCAGCAGCAACAAGCGCCUCACUGUCACUCUCCACCGGGACCUUUGACAGCACUUCUGGAUCUCUGGGAACCCCCGACACCAAAUUUAGGAGCGGAGUCGUAGACCUGAGCGCAUGA